AUGUGCACGUUAGAGAAACGCGGCAACAUCUUCUUCCUAACCCUAACCGGCGACGACGACCACCGGUUAAAUCCCACCCUCAUCGCCUCUCUCCGGUCAGCUCUCUCCGAAGCCAAGUCUCAGUCGACUCGCGGAUCCGUCUUAAUCACCACAGGCCAAGGCAAGUUCUUCUCCAACGGCUUCGACCUCAAGUGGGCCCAAGCCGAAGCCACUGACGGAUCGCCCUCAGGCUUCAUCCAGCGCCUCCGCCACAUGGUCGAGCUCUUCAGGCCAGUCGUCGCGGAUCUGCUGUCGCUUCCGAUGCCGACGAUCGCCGCCGUGACCGGCCACGCCGCCGCGGCGGGGUUCCUGCUGGCGAUGAGCCACGAUUACUUCCUGAUGACGAGCGAUCGAGGCGUGCUGUACAUGAGCGAGAUCGACAUAGGGAUGACUUUCCCGGACUACUUCAUGGCGCUGAUGAGGUCGAAGGUGGCUUCUGCAGCGGCUAGGCGGGACGUGUUGUUGAGAGCCACCAAGGUGAAGGCGGUGGCGGCGGUGGGGAUGGGGAUUGUGGACUCGGCGCACGAUAGCGGGGAGAAGGCGGUGGAGGCUGCGGUGCGCCUUGGGGGUGAGUUGUCCAAGAGGAAGUGGGAUGGUCAGGUGUAUGCCGAGAUACGGAAGGCGUUGUACCCGGAGAUAUGUGGCGUGCUGGGAUUGGCCCACAAGGAGGUAGUAUUAUCUCGGCUUUGAGGAAUCACUUUUCCGGUUUCUCCGACCGACUAAUGUCGUACUGUCGGACUACCCAAUAAUUCGUAUUUCAUGAAAUAAAUGAAAUGAAAUAAUUAUAAGUUGUUCUGGUUGAAGAACACUCUUUUAAGUGUUUACGUAUUUUUUACCGUGAGAGAAAGAGAUGGUGUAUAAUAUAUUUUAUGGAAGACUAUUCGCUAGGCGAAUUUGUCCCAAAAAGGAUAGUGUCAUUUGUGCCACAAAGAUAGUGUCAGAUGCUAAGUGUGUCACAUAAUUCUUUUAUACGGCUACCGCAUUCUGCGUCGCUUAGGCUCUUGCGUCU